AUGGCGCCGCCGCCUCCCCUGCUUCGCCUCCUCCAGCGGCGUUGGAGCAACCCCCUCCCCAUCGUCGUCCACACCGGCACCCGAGCCUGGCGCCCCGUUGCCCUCCGACCGCGCCUCACCGCCAACCAGAGCUACCUCGCCGACUUUGAUGACCCGACGCCGCUGAACCUCGCCGUCGCCCGAAGCCGCCUCGCCGGACCGCUUCCUCGCCGGAUCUCCUCCCCACCGUCGCUCGUCCCCAUCCUCCUCCUCGUCGGACGCUAUCGAGCCACGCCGCCCCCUUCCCAGCGCUCCAUACGUCGUAGUGCCGUGCACGCCUUCCCCGUGCUCACGCCGACCGCGCCCGCCGCACGUGCGAGCUCUGCCCCGCCACGGCCGUGCUCAUCGCCGUCGUUUACCUCACCACCGCGGCCACCGCACGCACGGCUCGCGUCCGAGCCCCGCGCCGUGCUCAGCACGCCCCCAGUAGGCCAACGCCACGCGGCCCCGCUACCGCCUGCACACCGCCCGCCUCCAGACUCCUCUUCCCGCGCUCGCCUCACCUCCGCAGGCCCCCGCGCCGGACACCGCCCCUACGCAACUACCUCGCCGCCCCGCCACACACACCACGCGUCGUCGUGCCCUUGCUGCGGCUCUACUCGCGCCGUCCCGCCUGGCCUCGUCGCGCCGCCCUGCUCCGGCAGCCACCGCGGCCGCGCCUCCUCCCCUGGUCGCCUCGGGCGUGCGGGCACCCCUUCGCCCACACCGGCCACCCACGCCCCCGCUUUGGCCCUCUGGGCCACUGACUGCUAG